GCUAAAAAUCCAUCUUGGUCGAGUGUUACCUUCGGUAUAUAUCUCUGCCUUGAUUGCUCUUCUGUUCAUAGAAACCUUGGAGUUCACAUUAGUUUCGUCAGCACUAGAUUCAUGGACAUGGGAUCAAUUACGAAUCAUGAAAGUGGGUGGAAAUGCUGCCGCGUUAGAUUAUUUCUCAAAAUAUGGCGGUUCUACUUCGGUAAACAACAAGGACGGGAAAUUAAAAUAUACUUCACGCGUUGCCCUAAAAUACAAGGAUGAACUUGUUAAAAGAGCUAAAGAAGAUGCCAAAAA